UCUUAAGCGGAACCUUUGAACACGGAACGUUUCUCACGUCGCACAGAAUUUUGUGAGUCGCCAAAAAGAAAAAGGAACAAUGCAACAAAUUAAAAUUUAAAAGCUUUUGAAAAUGAAGCCGUGUUUAUUAGUUAAAUCUUAAACUUUAAUGUUAGUUUUUAACUUUAGCCUCAGCUCGCGGACAGAAACUGUAAAAAUGGACGUUAGAACCGUUUUCUGGGUAUUUGCUGUUUUACUACCAGAGUUCGCCGCUGGGGAGAUGGUGAACAUCUCCGGAGGAAGGCUGGAGAUGGGAACCAGAGCCGCGGACAGCAGGGACGGAGAGUCCCCGGUCAGGGAGGUGAAGGUGCUGCCGUUCAGAUUAGACAAAUAUCCGGUCACAAAUUCAAUUUUCAGAGACUUUGUGCGAGCAGAGAAGUAUAAAACCGAGGCUGAGACAUUUGGAUGGAGUUUUGUGUUUCAGGACUUUGUUUCAGAUGAACUGAAGAGCAAAGUGACUCAGAGGAUAGAGUCUGCCCCCUGGUGGCUGCCCGUAGAACGAGCCUUUUGGAGACAGCCCGCAGGGCCCGGUUCAAGUAUUCUAGAGCGUUUGGACUUCCCGGUGGUUCAUGUGAGCUGGAAUGAUGCGCAGGAGUUCUGCAAGUGGAAAGGCCACAGACUGCCCACAGAGGAGGAGUGGGAGUGGGCGGCUCGAGGAGGACUGCAGGGUCGGACGUAUCCGUGGGGAAACAAGUUCCAGCCUAACAGGACCAACCUGUGGCAGGGACAGUUUCCAGACGGAGACACUGCAGAGGACGGAUAUCACGGCAUCUCGUCUGUCGCUGCAUUUCCUCCUCAGAACAGUUUUGGGCUGUACGACAUGAUGGGAAACACGUGGGAGUGGACGUCCACACGCUUCCCGGCAGCUCAGCCCACCUACGUUUUACGCGGCGCCUCUUGGAUCGACACAGUGGACGGCUCGGCCAAUCACAAGGCUCGGAUCACAACCAGGAUGGGCAACACCCCAGACUCCGCCUCCGAUAACCUGAGCUUCAGGUGUGCAGCCAGUUUGGGACAGAAAGAGAAAGCUGAACUAUAGCAACAAGCUGUUUAUUUUUCAUUAUUUUGAUUCAAAGUAAAUGGAAGGAAAUGAUUUAAAUUCAGGGCUCUGAUAGGGAGGAAUUGGAUUUCUUUUCACUGUUUCUGGAAGAAGUCCAGUUGUUUUGUGUCGAAGCACCGAGGGCCGCCAUGACGGGGCCCCAGGAAGUCUGAACACUUGUGAAGCAACUAUGAUUUCUCCUAUGGAGAAACUUUUUUCUACACUCAAAUUCAACAAAUAAACACUUAAGAAAUAAAACUCACUGCUUCUAAUUAAGUUUGUUUGCAACAUAGAAACAUCUUGUCUCUUGAGUCAAAAACAUGAACUUAAUUAAUUCACUGAACAACAGAAAGCGGACUCUUCCCUCUUCACUCUGAGAUUUCUCUUUGUUGAGUUAUUUACGUGACAAGAGACCAAAUCAGGGCUUUAGCCAAAUCCCUCCGUUUGGCUCUUUCCUCACUUUCUCAUGUUAAUUGAUUCAUUUUGAGAACUUUGGUCUUGGUUUAAGUAUCAAGUCGCUGUUUAAAGUCACUGUGGAGGGAAGUGAGAUUUAAUUUUCAUUAUACAAGACAAGCAGAAUAAAAGAUGAUUAUGUAAAUCAGCUUUUAUUUACAUAAUUUUUUCUGGGAUUUCUUGUUAAUCCCAGAAAAGCAAUCGUGGACAUUUGCCAAUCACGCCGCCGGUAAACGAAGCAGCCAGGAUGUUGCAUGUAAGCAGGGUGAGUCUGCACCUCCACAGUUCCUGUCUGAAACUUGUCUGCAGAGUUUCUGCUGAAAGGAGCCACACGCAUUUAUCUGCAUGUGAAACCACCAACCUUAUAUUCAAGUUUUUAUGUACAUUAGUGGGAACGCAUAUGAAAGUUAAACCCUGGUUUUAAUGCAGAAACCAAACAUGCGUGAUUUGAUCUUUGUCUUAUAACAUCUGUGGCUUCUCCGAAACAAAAUCCACUGACCCAAUAACCCAAAUAACUUGAGCCAUCUCAUUAGUUUCCAAACACCAGUUGAACGUCAAGACAAUUUGUGGUUUUAUGUCCUAAUCAGUUGCUAGGCAACCAGCCGUUUCACCUCCACCCAGCUUCUCGUUAAACUGAUGAAAACCUGUUGAAUCCUCGUUUCACUGGAGCGGUGGUUGAACCAGAUAUUUCAUCUUUAAUGUGUCGGUGAAGUGGUUUUACAUGUUGUGGUUGGGUUUCACUCACACAGGGCAGAAACGUGUUUGUUGUCUGUUUCGACACGGAGCAAAUAAAUACCUGAAGGAGAGGAGAACGCAAUGUCCUUGAUCCAUAUGGGUCACUACUCCCAAAGUUUGGUUGAGCUCAUGAAAAGUAUGCAGUGUUUGUUUUCUUUUAUUGAUGAUUGCAGCUGAUCAAUUUCUUUCAAAGUUUGAUUAUUAUGGAGGAUUUUAAUACAGAGGUGUUUGUGUAUGUUCA